AUCUCUCCUCCCCUCUUACUCGGACUCUCACAACACAAUCGCGUCAAACAGGCUGUUCAGCUUACCCAUCUUCCAUAGCAUCUGCCCCUUCUGUCUUUGAAGACGAAGUCGCCCUCAUUACGCUGCGAAAGACGUCCUCAUCCUGGUCAUCUUGCUAUCCUCACAAACCUUAAUCUUGUCCUGGUGGCAAGACCAGAUACCCUCCUUGACCGACAGACACAUCUGAACCUGCUGUCAAAGAGUCUUCCCUCAGGAGAGUGAGGGCAUUCUCAUCUACCUCCUCUGCGCCUCUCUCCGGCCGUACUCUAUAACGAUGUCGUCGUCGUCAUCGGCGCCCGCGGCGUCGACAACGACAGACGCGGACACUGCUCCCAUUGGCCGUACGGGAGACAUCGUAGACCUCGUCAUCUGUGUCUGCUCCGGUGUUGGAGCCCUGAUCAUCAUCGUGCCAUAUCUCCUCAGCAAGCACAAUCGUAAGCUGCGUCAUUCGCUGAUUCUCGGUCUAGCCACUGCAGACUUGAUCUCAAAUUCCACUGUCAUUGCCUCUACAGCCUAUCUCGUGAGCGGAGGCGACUUCACAACCGGAGCGGCUGUUCGUGCUUGCACCUUUCUGGGUUACGCGCUUUCGGCCGGCCUUUACGCUCAGCACAUGUGGAACCUGGCCAUCCUAGCAGUUACCUACAUGAUCCUUGUACACCCCCUAGCCUACACCACACUCUUGCUCGAGAGGAAAGUCAUGUGGCUUUGGCCCAUCAUCUGGACCAUUGCACUGGCGCUUAACGCUGCGCCUUGGGUGAUUUCGGGCUUUGGAUACAGCAAUGGGUACUGCUAUAUUGGGCGCAGAGGGAGUCCCAUCUUCGCCGGUCUCUGGCAAGUGCUUCCCAGAUCUGCGGUCGUCCUCAUUAUCCUCGUCCUCUACACGCGUCUCUUCUUCUUCCUCCGUCGUACAAAUUUCUGGAAGAAGUACGGCCGCAGAACGCGGACUGAGAGCUCGACCGACUCGGCAAUGAACACUCGAGACCCCGAGAAGGCGCAGAGGAGUCAGAGCCACACCUUGGAGCAGAGGCAACGGAAGUCACAGCUCUCCCUUACGCGCAACAGUCGUCCAGCUGCGCAAUUCAUGAGCGGUGACCAUGAAGGUGCCGAUAGAUUUGGCCAGAUGGAGCUACAGGAUUAUGGUUUCUUGAGCUCUGCUGCUGCUACGCCAAACAUGGCCGCCCGUGAGCUGCCGCCUUCACCAACGCGGCCGGUCGCUGCUGCGCCCCUCACUGCGCCAGGUGCUACCGUACCCAGCUUUGAUGCCAAGCGCUCCAGCUACCUGUCUGAUACAGACUACUCAACAGGAGAGAAGAGCAGUAGUCUUCCUGCCGACUCGCCCAGUGCAGACAAGGAUGGCCGUUCCAGUCCGUCUCUUCUGUCGUCUAUGCCAGUCUAUCUCCCCUCGGGCACUGCCGCGUCUACCGGCCAAGCAAGUGGGGACUCUUUCUUGGAGGGGGACAAACUCCACUCGGGUCUGUCUAGUGGCGAGUCAUCAUCGGCAGGUAGAAAAGGAGCAAGUAACGGCGAUGCAGGAGACUCGGACGAUGACGAGGAGGACGAGGAGGACGACGACGACGAUGAUGACGAAAUCCCCGACUACCACAGCUGGGCUGGUUUAAAGCCAGCGCAGCCGCAGAGAAGAGCGAAGGACUUCAACAUGGCGUCUGCGCCCGCAGAACGGGCCGAGGGGCCUCUUGCACCGAUGUGGGUGUCAGCCAACACCACUUCUGUCAUCGAGGCCCUCCGGAGUGGCCCACCUGCUCGUGGCAAGGCAGCUGCCAUGCUUGGGAGCCAGGACGAAGGAGACGGCGGCUAUGGCGAUGGACGCCACGGUGCCAAACGGCCGUACAAUGCGGACUUGGACGACAACUUCGCUUGGGGUCAGAAUGUGACCGCUGCUGGUGCCGGCAGCCGUCGAGGAAGCUUACUAGCAGCAGGAGGCGCUGCCAAGGGCGGGCGAAACGACCAUACCACCUCAGCAAGAAGUUCGGAUGUCAAUGCAGUGGAGACUUCCGGCAGUACGCUCAAUCGCCAGGCCAGUGCUCUGCUAUUGCUCUACCCAGCGGCAUACGUCAUCCUCUUUUCCGUGUCCGUCAUCCGCAUCUGCAGAGAUAUGGCCCAUCCUGAGUACUCCCUCAAGCCGACCGACCCUCUGCGUGUGGCGUCGCGCUGGCUGGUCUUUGCCCAGGGCAUUCUGGACUGUAUCAUCUUCAAGGUCAUCGAGGCACAAUUCCGCAGGAGGAUGAAGAGGAAGAGGGCCAGGGCUUCGGGUGAGCAAGAUAAUCGGCCCCAUUUCCAAUCUCAGCCUGCGAGCGUAUGGUUCAGAAACACUUGUGAGCGGAUAUGGAAGCGACACAUCAAGCCCAGGCCCGAAGAGAGCAGGAGGCCUAGCGUGGGAUAAGAGUACGCAGCCAGAUGGCAGCUUCUGGGCGGCGUGCCUCGAGACCGUCUUCUGCAUUGGCGCUUGUACUGCCUCGGUCCUAGACGACGACGAUGACCAGUCCCACCUUGUAUUAUACCCUUGUCAUCAUUGCACGCUCUAAGCGGCGUCACCUUUUAUGUCACCAUCAUUGCAAUCAUUACGUCUGCUGUGCC